CUUGAGCAGUGUCUAAAAUGGAAACUGAGGCAGGAGGUGUCCGUCACUUCACCUCUCAGUAGACUGUCUGUCUCCCGCAGCUUUAAUUGACCCCCGGGGGCUCUUUUAUUUCUUUUUAUUCCACCUUCCGUGCCGUCUGCUACACCUGCCUGCCAGGCUCCAGCGCCGAUGGGCGCGGCUGGGACCGGUGCCCAACUCUCUGUUUUGACUUGUCUGGGAAAAGUUGAGCGAAGAGGCACAAAAGGACCGAGGGCUUUAAGAACGUCCCACCGCGGCGCGUCGACUCCGCGGCGCAUCGGAUAAUCAUCCCAGCGCUCCGGUGGACGCGACCAGUGGCUGUGUGAGGACUGGGUUGAUAUCUGGAGCUGGCUGAAGAUAAGAUGGGAUGGACGAAAUAACGAGAGAGAUGGACUUCUCAGGAGAAAAGGUUGUGACAGAAACUAUAACGUCCACGACCAGACUGACUUCUCUACCACCGAAGGGAACCAGCGGAUCAAAUCACAGGAAUAUGUCCAGCGGUGCUGGAGGGCUGGGCUUGGAGAAGAAUGUCUUAACCCAGAGCACCAGUGGAACCUACUUCUCUUCAUCAUCUGUAGGUGUGAACACCAGCAGCUACAGCUCCUCCUCGGGGGUCUACCUCGGCGACUCCUCGGGGGGAGGCGACGGAGGGGGGAGCUACAUGGACGGGGAGGGCUACGGAAGCGGAGGGGGCAGCGCUUAUCUGGUGAGCUCGGUGGCGAAGGCCCGGUCCAGCUCGUCGGGCGGCGCCAGGCGGGCGCAGGCCGCCGGCUCAGCAGGGGGCCUGUCGCCAGGUUUCCGGGAGAGGAAGGUCACGUCCAGCCGCUCGGCGGGUUACGACGGAAGCUCCAGCGCCAAUUCCUCCCCAGAAUUCACUCGCAAGGAUUAUGGAAACUAUUGCUCCUCCACCGCAAGAGGGAGGAGCGAAAACCGAGAGAGCGAGAUCAGAGCCAGAUUACAAAGUGCCUCUCCCACUCCCUGCAGAUGGACGGAGCUGGACGACGUGAAGAAGCUGCUGAAGGGACGCUCCAGCAGCGUGAGCCCCACUCGCUCCUCCACCCUCCCCGUCCCCAAAAAGGCCGGCGUGGAGGCCAAGACCGUCUCCGUGGCCACGCAGUCUGUUUCAACUUCGUUUGGCUCAGGCGCAAGAUCAGCUGGAUUCAACACCAUCGACGCAUCGGGCCUGUACGACAGCAGCCUGACAUCUGGGCCGUUCGAUACCAGUGUGAAAUCGGGCCCGUAUGAUAUUACGCUGAUCUCAAGCCAGUAUGACACAGGUGUGAAAUCAGCGCAGUACGACGCCGGCCUGAAAUCAGGGCAGUUUGACACCGGCGCCAAAUCAGGCCAGUACGAUGUCACCCUGAAGUCUGGACAGUACGACACCGGCGUCAAAUCGAGCCAGUACGAUGUUAGUCUGAGAUCAGGCCAAUACGACACCAGCGUGAGAUCGGGUCAAUACGACACCGGUCUGAGAUUGGGCCAAUAUGACACUGGCGUGAGAUCAGGCCAAUACGACACCAGCUUGAGAUCGGGCCAAUACGACACAGGUCAAAGGUCGGGCCAAUACGACACCCUGGAUGCCAUCCUUCCCUCGUUCUCCUGGUCCACCUCCACGCUGCCCUCCACCUCCACCACGGUCGUCACCGGCAACGCCAGCAGCUACUCCUACCAGGUCGGCACGAACAACAUGGCGGGGGGCUCCCUGCCAGUCAGCCCCGCCUCCCCCUCGUCCCUGUCAGUUUAUGGCUUUCAGAAUAACCUGGCGCCCACCUCUGGCACCAUUCUCACCACCAGCGGAGCCAACGUGAACGCUAACGUGGGCGGUUAUGGGGUUCAGAAGAACGUGUCUAACGGUGUUGGAGUCAUCAGCACUGGAGUCUCUACAACCACUAGAUCCCAAAGUGAGGAAGCGUAUAAGAGAGACUAUAAGUUCUUGAUGUCGGAUAAGGAGAACGUUCAGGCCAAAAAGGAGCCAGAGAUGCUCAUUUUGGCUAAAGACAGCGGGAAGCAGUUCACCACCACCAGCAGCAGCAGCGUGCAUGUAGGAGGUUCAGGAGGGUCAUUAUCAGGGGAUUCAAUAAAGAAAGAGAAGCUUAUCUCCAGCUACGGCGAGGCCCAACUGAAGACAGAGACAGGAAACUCCUACUACGGAUCAUCUGGAGUUGUGAUGAAAGACAAAGCCACCUACGCAGAGAUUCACAGAGACAGCGGCAUCUUCGGCGGCGGAGGCUUCUGCUGCUGCUCCGACUCCUGCUGCUCGUGGUGGAAGUGGCUGCUGGGUCUGCUCCUCCUCUCCCUGCUCCUGCUGGGACUCCUGUUUGGCCUCAUAGCGCUGGCUGAGGACGUGAGAAAGCUGAAGAAUCGCGUGGGUGUGCUGGAGUCCAGUGCCAACGCGGCCCGUACCAGUCGUCUGACCGGUGACAACAACCACAUCACCUACGUGGGCGGCGGCGGCGGCGGCGGCCACACGGACAACACGCUCAUCAUCGGUGGCGGCGGAGGCUCAGACUCACGGAUCGGGAUCGGCGUCGGUGGCGGCAGCUCCUCCGGUGGCAACGGCGUUGACAUCAUCGGUACUGGUGGAGCUGCUGGAACUAGUGGUGCCAGCGCGGGCAGUGGAGCCACCGCAGGAAGUGGAGCCACCGCAGGAGCUGGAACCAAAGCAGGAAGUGGAUCCAGUGCAGGAAGUGGAACCAGCGCAGGAAGUGGAACCAGUGCAGGAAGUGGAACCAGCGCAGGAAGUGGAACCAGCGCAGGAAGUGGAACCGGCGCAGGAAGUGGAACCGGCACAGUCAGUGGGUCUGGCAGAACCAGUGUUGUUAGUACUGGCUCCAGCUUCGGCGGGGCUGUUGGUACUGGUGGCAGCACCGGUGGUGGAAGCAGCUUUGGUGGUGGCACUGGGUUUGGGACCGGCGUGAGCGGAGGAUACGUGGAGGUGGCCGCUCUGCAGUCGGUCAUCCAGAGCAUGAUGAGAAGCGAAAUGCAGUCACAGACAUUCAGAAACUACUUAGUGUCCUCUGUGCAGGGAGAGAGAGGACUGCCUGGGCCUAAAGGAGAACCUGGUUUUCCUGGAAUUUCAGGUGUGCCGGGCCCUGAGGGUCCUAAAGGACAGAAAGGAAGCCAAGGUGUUCAGGGAUUGGAGGGGCUGCCGGGUCUCAGGGGCCGUGAUGGUCCAGCUGGUCCCAGAGGGGAGCCAGGACCUCCAGGCUUCGGAGAGAAGGGAGACAGAGGUAUCCCUGGAGAUCCUGGUGUUGCUGGACCCAUGGGACCAAAAGGCCCACCUGGAGCUCCUGGACCAGCAGGUAUACCAGGUACUGCUUUCCGUGGAGAGGCCGGACCACCUGGGCCUAAAGGUGACAGAGGACUUCCUGGGUUCCAAGGACUUAAAGGUGAAGUUGGCGAGAGAGGUGUCAGAGGUCUGCCUGGGGAUCCUGGUUUUCCAGGUCCAUCUGGACCAGCUGGAGAGAAAGGGUCCAAAGGGUCAAUGGGCCUGUCUGGACAAGAUGGUGCUAAAGGCUCAAGGGGUGACCAAGGACCUGCUGGACCGCCUGGACUCAGAGGUCCUGCCGGGCCCCCGGGAGAUGCUGGGUUUCCAGGAACUCCAGGACUUCAGGGACCGCCAGGAAUACCAGGGAACCCAGGAUCACCAGGUGCCAAAGGUGAAACGGGUCAAGCAGGAAGAAUCAUCAAUGCUGCUGGCUCCACUUCUAUUGGCAUCCCUGGACCACCUGGACCUGCUGGUCCGCCAGGGCCUGCCGGACCUCCAGGACUAUCAGGUCCCAUUGGUCCUGCUGGUCUGCCUGGCCAACCUGGUCCUAAAGGUGACAGGGGAUUCAAGGGAGACCAGGGAGAACCAGGAAUAUCUGUGAGAACCUCUGAAACCAUAAGCUCCACCAGAUCUGAGCAUCAGUUUGGUGCUAGUAGUGCUAGUGGAUCCUCUGGCCUACCUGGCCCACCUGGUCCACCCGGGCCUCCUGGACGCCCAGGAGACUCCAGACAGGGACCUCCAGGACCACCUGGGCCUCCAGGUCCACCAGGUUAUGGAAGACCAGGGCAGAAAGGAGACAAGGGAGAUUCAAGCUUCUCAUCCAGCUCCGGAACAUUUUACACUGGCCCACCAGGACCACCUGGGCCUCCAGGACCUAAAGGAUCAACAGGGUCUCAGGGACCGAGAGGAUAUCAAGGUGAACCAGGACAACCAGGAAGACCAGGAAGCUCUGAGAGAGUGACGACAUACGCUGAAGGACACACAAUCACUGGGCCACCAGGUCCACCAGGGCCUCCUGGACGUCCAGGCCUACCAGGAGCUAAAGGAGACACUGGAGCUCCUGGUGUCCCUGGCUCAUCCCGAGGUUCAAUCUCCGUCACUUCAGGCCCUCCUGGUCCCCCUGGUCCCCCUGGUCCUCCUGGCCAGCCAGGCUCCUUCGCUACAUCUAGUGAAAUGCGCCAGCACAUCACUGACUAUCUAAGUAGAAGCAGACAGACUGGUACACCUGGACCACCAGGUCCACCUGGGCCUCCAGGAAGCCCUGGCAGCUUCUCUGGGUCUAUGGAGGAUAUCUCUGCCCAUGUGAUUGCAUACCUGCAGCGUUCAGGUUACCUCAUUGGUGCUCAGGGCUCCUCCGGAGCCGUCUCUAGAUCUCUGACCAUCAGUGAGCUCAUCGCCAUGCUUCAGAGAGAGGAAGUGAGGAGAUAUCUGUCAGGACUGUGGGUCUCAGAAGGAUCACAGGGAGCAGGUGCAGCGGGAGGAUUUACAAGCAGUUACACUGUGCAGGAGAUCGCCACAUAUGUCUUCAACAUCAUGAACCAAAGAGGCAUCGCUAGAGGUCCGCCAGGUCCCCCUGGCCCACAAGGUCCUCCUGGGCCUUCUGGUUCAGGAGGCUCUGGGUUCACCACUGCUACGAUUGACUAUUCUGCCCUGAUGAGAAACUCAGACUUCCGCUCAUGGAUCACCUCCGCGGUGCAACAGGGUCCACCUGGUUCUCCAGGUUUACCAGGAUUGCCUGGUCCUCCUGGCCCCCAGGGCCCGCCAGGAGUCUCCACCGCCACCGUGUUUGGGUCUGGAAGCCGUGGCUACAGCUUGGAGGACAUUCAACGUUACUUGCAAGGUUCUGGGUUCAGAGGACUUCCUGGUCCUCCAGGUCCACAGGGUCCACAGGGUCCACAGGGUCCACCAGGCAGUUACACUGGAUCCGUUACCUACAGUGGGAACUUCCCUCGUGACAGCAUCCGCGCUGAAGUUCAGGAGUAUCUGACCAGUGACAGCGUCCGUCGCUUCAUCACCGGACCUCCAGGGCCAAGGGGUCAGAAGGGAGAACGCGGAGAGCCCGGUUAUAUCCACAGCAACAGCUACUCUCACAGCGACUCACGGCGCAGUGCAGUGCACAGAGAAGACGUCAGCAGGCUCUCGGAGACAACGGACUACUCCAACGUCGCUCUGAAAGUUACAGACUACAUCAAGAAUCAAGGCCUGCUCCAGGAUUAUCUGGUUGAGGGACCUUGGAGGGCACAUGUACGAGCGAUCCAGGGACCCCCCGGUCCCCCUGGACCCCCUGGACCACCAGGCUACAGCCGCGUCAUUGGGUCCUACGGCAACGUCACAGCCGACCUCAUGGACUUCUUUAGAACCCAUGGCACCAUCCCUGGCCCACCAGGAAGUCGUGGACCAAUGGGGGAAAGAGGGUACCCGGGACCCAAAGGAGACAAGGGUGAUCCUGGACGGCCCGGGUUACCCGGAGUUCCUGGAACAUACAGUGUCCAAAUCCCACAAAGUGUGCAGAAGAGAGAUGCAGGCGAUGAAGCAGGUGGUCGUCGCCAGAGGCAGCGUCGUCAUGCCAACAGUGGCUAAAAUACUACUGCAUAAGUCAGCUUUCAUUUAACUUUCCUCAUUUUUUAUUAGGUUUUCAACUUAUUGCAAUGCAAGUAAUUGAGACGCUUCCUAUACUGUAGCUGCCGUCUGUAGAAGCGCUAAGAACAAUUUGAGAAAAUAAAAGCAGCCAAAGACGUCAACGUCCGGAUUUAGCAACAGAUGUUUCUCCUGACAGACUAUUUUUUGACAUCUGGGUGUAAAAUGUUUACUUUGCUUUGUUAGAAGUUUGCGUAUAAAGCUUUUUCAGAAGUGUCUCUGUUCAUCAGAAUAUCAUUGUUUAAGCAAUAACUAGGAAUUGCUGAUAUUUUAAUUGCACUUUGCAUUUUUUAUAGUGCUUGUGUGACUCGAGUGUCUUUUGAGGAUUAUAUUGUAUUGAGGACUAUAAGUAUUAGAUUUUGUAUCAAGUUAACCAUUAAAUUUUACAUAAGAUUAUAUAUAUUGUUCUACAUAUAUGCCAAUGUCCUAAUGACAAUCAUGUCACACCAUACAAAUCUUCAUACAAUUAACUUUUAAGCACAUAAAUGAAAGUGUCAGUAUAUGAACCUGACAUGGUCCCAGUGAGUUUCUUGGCCAUUUGUGGGAGGUGGGUUGAGAUGAGGUUAAAUGUCGCUGACAGUUGAUUCACAAUUAUUUAGAAAUGAAUGGUUGCAUUGUCUAUUUUUGUAUACUAGCGCACUGAAAUUGCUAUUUUCUUCAUACCUUCAGGUGUUGAAAAGAUUAAAGUAUGAAAUGUUCCCAGAUGAUGUUUUACGUUGAUUGAACGAUAAUUUGAUCAAUUUAUUUGAAAGACACACAAAUAAAUUUAUUUUUGGA